AAACCAUUAAACCAUUAAACCAUUAAACCAUUAAACCAUUAAACCAUUAAACCAUAUUGAACAAGAAGCAUAGGGCAGUCGAGAGCCAAGCCAGACCCCGUAUUACGGGGAGGUCCACAUUGCUCCAUUUUAUCCAUUUUAAGGGUAGGCCAGAAUAAUAUGGUAAGCUCCAGCCACAACCUUGUCUAGCGUUGACUUAGUCUACGGUGCGGCUUAGUUACGGCGCAAAGACCCUCAAUGCAGCCUCUCUUCGUUCUGGAAUAAUUGAUUACUGAACAAAAAUACCCUGAACGAGGGUACCAUUAUCUUAAAUCCACAAUAGUUCGAGAAGCUAUUCAGGAUUUGAUUAUUGGUAAUCCGAUCGCUCCGAAGAUGUCAAGGUAGUCGAGCAUCGAGGUUUCACGAUCCACGAUCAAACGAUCAACAAUCACGAAUUCAACCGGCUCUCACGAAAUUCGCGUAUCCACACACACACUCAGUCAACACCUAGCCGCACCUUGGGAACGACCCCUGAAUGGUUCAAUCCCAGCUUCACUUUCAAUCAUUCGGCCCUGCCUUCUCACUACUCUCAUAACAACCCGGCCCCGCUCCUAAGACCGAGCCUAUCAACUUGAAAGAUAAGUAUGCAAGAUACUCUUUCGAGAUGCCAUCCGCGACCAACAGUGACGAGUGGGACCUCCCACGCGUGAAGGCCUCCAUCGGUUUCGAGGAUGAUUCCCAGAGCUUGGCAUCAGAUGACCAAGACACAGAAUUCUUUGACGUGAAGUUCUACCCAUACGGGGACGUCACACACGAUCCAGUUUUCGCCGCAGUUAGCAAGAAGCAUGUCGUAAUAUAUCGACUCUCCAGCAAGAUUACACCUCCUUACGAGCUUGUUCAGCUCUUUAGGGACGAUGAUAAAGAUGCAUUAAACUGUAGUUGCACUUGGACUAAGGACCCCGAAACCGAAGUACCGUAUCUAUGUGUAGCUGGCAGGGACGCCAAAAUCAAGGUCUACGACGUUGUUCAGGGUAAGCUAGUAAAGGUCCUCGUAGGCCACGGAGGAGAAAUCAAUGACCUUGCCACAUGCCCAACAAAUUUCCUCCUGAUUGCAUCCGCGUCGGAAGACACUACCGUUCGAAUAUGGAGUCUCGAUCCUGCGCACUCUAAGCAACCAUGUGUUUGCCUGCUUGCUGGUGAAGGUCACUCAUCGGGACUGUUAACGGUGGCAUUUCACAAUGGUGGCCGUUAUGUUCUCUCUGCUGGGCAUGACAACGUUAUCUGUCUGUGGACGCUCCCUGACUUGCCUCCUGAACCUAGUGGCAAAACCCCUUCGAAGCCAAUAGUAAUACAUUACCCUCAUUUCUUCACUUCGGAGGUGCACAGCGGUAUUGUAGACUGUGUGGCUUUCUUUGGUGAUCUCAUUCUCUCACGAGCCUGCCACGAGGAUAUAAUUGUGCUGUGGCGAAUUGAGGGAUUCUCAUCUCACGAUCCUCCCCCUGAAAUGUCCGAGGCGCCAACUACGAGCGACACAGAACGCCUGACCCGUUCUGCCUUUUCUCCUGCGACAGCAUCAGCAUGUCCACCUCAGUAUACUCGCCUAUUAGAGUUUUGGACACCUCAUUGUGGUCACCAAUUCUACCUUCGCUUCAAGCUCUUUCACGACAAAGACAAGCAUCCGGUCCUAGCAUUUGGCAAUGCGAAGGCUAUGAUUUUCUUCUGGGAUUUGGCACGCCUGGGAAGUUAUCACGACUUCAUCGGCGAAGUUCGAGAUCCUACUCGUGAUAAGACUCAGCCAAUCCAACGUCCGGGGUGGUUAGCGCCCAUUCAGCAUAGACACAAGGGCGAUGCCGUUAGUAAGCUUAGGGAUGCUGCUAGCGACAGAGAGUCGGUCGCGUCAGGACGCACUGGUAGCGUAGACGUCGAAACGCACCUUGAUGUCAAUACAAAUUACUCGCAAGAGACGUUGGAGCAGUGGGAAUUAAAGUACGACAUGACACGUGUCGAGGAACCCAUCAGAGCGCAUUCGCAGAGCAACGUUACUGUUAAGGACUUCGUUGGACGCCAGGUUGCUUGGAGCACCGGCGGCGAGUGGUGUGUCGUUGUUGGCAGCAAGAAUUUAGCCAUCAUCCUGGAGCGAUGGCAUAAAAAAGAUAAAAUGGAAGAUAAAGAAAAGAAGCCAAGCCAAGAACGACCGAAUUAAGGGUUGGAUAUUGCUCUAAUUAAUCGAAAUGCCUCUUAUAUAUACUAGCAAUAUAUUGAGUUACGGCCAUUUAAUUUUGGUUAUGCCUGAUCGAGUUUGCAUAGCAGUAAAGGAGCGUAUAAAUUAUAACAUGCUAGUCUCGACUAACUUGAAGGAGUGACAGUAUUGAUAACUCAUUAGUAUGCUUCCCCUUAAGCUUUUCCUUUAGAUUUUUCGACCG